UAGGAAGCAGGUUUGAAAGGACUUUUCCUACCCAUUAGGACCACUCACUAGCCACCUGCCUUAUUCCCUUUUGAAAACAGGUUUGAAAGAGGCAUGGUUUUCUAUCUUGUUACCUUCUUGGAUCCGUGGCUAGUGUCAUCAUUCAUCCUGUGUUGAGUAUAAGAAGCAUCGCCUCCUCCUCUCAUUCACAUUUCUCAUACACAUCAACAAAAUAUUAAGUUUAUUUAAAUCCUCACUCAAAAAUCUAAUCAAAACAAACUUUUCAAACCCCAAAGCAAACUUUCAAACACAUCAAUCAAUAUGUCUGACAGUCUCCGCAAAGGUGUUGGUGAGCAAGUCUCCGAGAAAGUUACUCCUGACUCCCAAAAAUCCACCACCGACAAGAUCGGCGAGAACAUCUCUGGAGGAGCCGACAAGGCAGCUUCCGCCGUUCAACCAUGUACGAUAUUCCUUUCUUCUUCCACCCUCAAACUCCAUCUCACAGCAUGCUAACACCCCACCUCCAGCCGACCAAAAAUCCACCACCCAAAAAGCGACAGACAAGACCCGCAGCGGCGCCGACGAUGCCCAAAACCAAGGAAAGGGAAUCCUCGGUUCCGUCUCGGACACCGCUGGUAAUGCCGCGAGUACUGUGACUGAUACCCUCUCCAACACAGGUAUGUACUCAUCAUCCUUUCACUUCCCAUCAUUCACUACAAUAUAACUAACACAACCUCCUUGCCGCAGCAUCCUCCCUCACCGGCAACAAAGACACAAAGUAAACUGUUUUUGCACGAGGAUAUGAAAUGUGAAGGAUGAACCUGGGAAGAAGUUGUAUUUCACUUAGCGUUGGGAAUGGACUUUUUACUUUUGCCUGAUGGCUUACUUUAUGAUUGUAUGAUAUGAUAUGGAUAUCAGGGAAGGAAAUGAAUGAAGGGCUAGGAAUGGCUAGGAAUAAUCAUUUGUGUUGGUAGUUGAGAAUAAAUACGC